AUGACUUCGCCUUGGUGGAAUCGCAAGUCGGCCUCGCCCUCGCCCAGCGACGGAGCAGACGAGUUAGGCAAGGCCUCCCGAUUGAGCCUCCGCCAUCGUCGUUCCGAGCUGCCUGUCCCCAAGGGCCUGCAGACUGGCACGAGGCUCAAGAGGUUCCUUUCGUCGAAGGCUCUGCGCCAGGAGUCUCCUGGAGUCGAAUCAGAUCCUUCCUACAACACCAACAUACCCGAUCCGAACGAGAACUUUGCCAGCAUUCCCGCCGUUGACGGACCUUCAGACAGCCCCAACGUCAUGGGCCCUCAACCAGCAGUCAAAGGCCAUGAGCUCAUUGCGCGACCUCGCGUAGAUUCUUCCCUCCCAGACUACACUUUCGAGAAGUUUCCAGCCGAGGAUACUCCAAAGACGGACAAUGCUUCAGCGAGGCCAGCCUGCGCUGCAAUGAGGCCCAAAGUUCGUGAUGCCACCCCUCCAGGCAACUCAACCAUUGAGCUUGUCAAACACAUUGGAUCCAGGGUUCUCGGCGUCAUCGAUGAUGGAGACUCUGCUGUCUUCGCCCAGCGUAUCAGCACUAGGAAGCUAGUGGACCGUAUUCCUGUCAGAGAUGCCAUUGCCAUGGGCCUCGGUUUCCAGAAUUCAAGCCAGGAAUACUGGUGGAACGGCCUCACUCCCAUCAUCGAGAACCUUAUGAUCAAAGCACAAUACCCAGACUAUCUCAAAUAUGCAUACCUUGCAUUCAUUGCCAAGUUCAUUCUUCCAUCUCUUGGCUCCCACAGCGGCAAGCAACCGGCUCCCCCCAAAAUCACUCACGACAGGUGCACCCUCGAGCCAAGCCUGAACAUCUCAAAGUCCGGCCUCAGCGUCCGCUUCACCAUCGAGCCUCGCGGCCCCUUCGCCGGCCUACCCCAAGACCCCUUCGGUCAACACCAAGGCCGCAAGCUCUUCGAUGAGAUCUUCGCCUCGUCCCCGCUCGCGACCACUAUCGAUAGCACGCUCUUCAACCACUUCGCCAACGAGUUCUGGGUCCCGCCCUCCGCCGCUUCUACCAUAGAUGUCCCCCCCGAGCGCAUGCCCCCCCAAUGCCAACUCGCCUUCGACCUACACCGCACCAAACCCUCCAUCGGUGUCAAGGCCUACUUCAUUCCUCGCAUGAAAUCUCUCCUCGGAUCCUCAACCCCGCAGAACAUCGCCUUCGAUGCCAUCGCGCGCGCCCCUUCCGCCGACACCCUCGGUCCCGCCUUCUCCAUCCUGACAGCCUACAUGUCAUCGCUUCCGGAAUCUCGCAAGUGCAGCGUCCAGAUGAUUGCCAUCGACUGCACCUGCCCCGCCACCGCCCGCGUCAAGGCCUACGUCAAGCCCGGCAUCGGCGUCGCCGUCAGCAUGACGAACAUCUGCGACAUGUACACCCUCGGCGGCCGCCUGUGCUCCAAGACCACCGCCGAGGGCCUUGAGGUGCUCCGCUCCAUCCUUCCCCUCCUCCUCGAUGCCGAGGACGAAGACCCGGACACUCUCCUGACUCGCCCGCUGCUCAUGCACCAUCACGCCGGCAUCGUUGCGAGCUACGAACUCAUGCCUGGCGCGCCGGAGCCCGAGGUCAAGUUCUACGUCCCCGUGUGGGCCUAUGUGCGCAAUGACAGGGUUGUGGCGGAGAACCUGACGCGGAUUUUUCGUCGCUUUGGGUGGGACACGCAUGCGGUGAGGUAUGCGCUCGAGUUUGAGGCCAUGUUUGAGGGGCAGCUGGGCAAGGCGGGCAGGCAUUGUUAUGUGUCGUUUGCGUGGACCGAGGCAAGGGGCGCGUAUGUGACGGUGUAUUAUAGCCCGGGGGUUGGGGUGGUGGAGUAG